AUGCGUCUAAGCUACAUUGCCCGCCGAGUGCAAUGCUCGUCCCGUGCCCGAAUCCUGAACGUAUCCAGUCGACGGAGCUAUGCAGUACAACAGCCUGGAGCCCCUAGCAUCUCCGUCUUCUCCAACGAGGCCAAGCAGCAGCAACGAUCCCGCGCCGCCACCGAUGUCGAGGAAUCAAGAGCUACGGAUUAUUUGAGGGACGAGGUGGCCAUGCGUCUGACCAGUCGCCUCCUCGACAUCAAUCGUACCUUCGACAAGGCACUAGAUUUCGGUGCCAAUGCUUGCAACAUUGCUCGAAUCCUCACUCUACCAGACCCCGACCCCGACUCUGCCAAACCAGUGUCAGAGCCAUUGAGCUCAAAGAUUGGCCAUUUGACCUGUGCCGACUCCAACCAGCCCAUGCUGCAUCGCGACCAGAAUGAGCCUUUCAACAACGACAUGUCCCUCACUCGCCAUGUGCUUNNCCAAAAUCCAGAGACACUUCCCUUCGAAGCCAAUUCUUUCGACCUUGUCCUCUCGUCUCUGAGUUUACACUGGAUCAAUGACCUACCAUCCGUCCUCUCACAAAUCAACAACGUCCUCAAGCCUGACGCUCCCUUCAUUGCCGCCAUGUCUGGUGGUGACAGCCUGUUUGAACUGCGUGGCUCCCUCCAACUCGCUGAGCAAGACCGUCUAGGAGGUAUAGGUACACACGUAUCACCACUUGUCGACGUUCGUGAUGUCGGCAAUCUUCUUACUCGUGCUGGCUUCAAACUUCUUACCGUCGACGUCGAUGACAUUAUUGUCGAUUACCCUAGCACAUUACACUUGAUGCGCGAUCUGCAAGCCAUGGGCGAGUCAAAUGCUGCUCUCAAGCGGACCCCUGGACCUAUAUCAAGAGAUGUACUAUUGGCUACUGAGGCAAUCUACAAAGAGUUGUACGGCAACGACGACGGUAGCAUUCCUGCAACCUUCCGUACUAUCUACAUGAUUGGUUGGAAGGAGGGCGCGAAUCAACCAAAGCCGCUCGAAAGAGGCACUGGAGAGAUCAACAUCAAAGACAUUCUGGAGGGAGGUGGUUCAUACAAUGGAUAA